AUGGCGGGGGUGUCGCUGGGAUCGAUGCCGGUGGGAUUUCGGUUCCGGCCGACGGACGAGGAGCUCAUCAACCACUACCUGAAGGGGAAGAUCAGCGGCCGCAAGGACAACGACGGGGUCAUUCCUGAGAUCGACGUCUGCAAGUUCGAGCCCUGGGAUCUUCCAGGUAGCUGUUACUAUGAUCUCCGCUAUCGCAUCAGUUGCACUUGGACCUAUUUUGUUUUAGGUUUUCCAAUUUCCAUGCCUGAGGUGACGAUGUUUGUGCGUGUAGCAAAUGCUGGCUUCACUUGUUGUUCCUUUCUUUGUCUGGGGGUUAGAAUCUCUUUUCACCUUAUUGUGACUUUCAGAAAAAUCCGCGAUCAAGACUGGAGACCAGGAGUGGUUCUUCUUCUCGCCGAGGAACCGCAAGUACCCCAAUGGGCAACGGUCCAAUAGGGCGACGGUGGCUGGGUACUGGAAGGCCACUGGGAAGGAUCGUAACAUUAAGUCCCGAAGCGUUUCCGGUGAGAAUCUCAUUGGGAUGAAGAGGACACUAGUUUUCCACCGGGGGCGAGCACCAAAGGGCGAGAAGACUGGCUGGAUUAUGCAUGAAUAUCGUGUUACCAACUCCCCAGAGAAAAUCAUUGAUAAGGUAAAGGUGGAUCAGGUAUGUGAACAAUUUGAUCUCUAUUUUCUUGUGUCAAUCGUUUUUAAUUGCCUUUCUCUUUGUCUAUGUGAUGCAGUAGAAACUGGAAGAACUUGCGAUUUGAUCACGUUCUGA